AUGUCACAAUCAUCUCUAACAGCUCGCGGGCGGUUGGCCGUGCUCACUGCUCAUUUAGUUGGAGCGCCACUCGAAUCAUGGGAGGAGGCGGGCAUCCAGCGGUGGUGCGUGUCUGCUCAGGUCCCUCCUCCUGGAAACCUCAAGGGCUUGUUAACCGUGAUCGAUGAGAGGACGGGUAAGAAAUACCAACUUCAGGUCUCUCAAGACGGGACCGUCAAAGCCUCUGAUUUCAAGAAGAUCUCAACAGGAAAGAAUGACAAGGGGCUGAAAUUGUAUGAUCCAGGAUAUCUGAAUACAGCACCUGUUAUUUCAAAGAUUUCAUAUAUAGAUGGAGAUGAGGGUAUCCUUAGAUACAGAGGCUAUCCUAUCGAGGAAUUGGCUGAGAGUAGUACCUUUUUGGAAGUAGCCUACCUUGUUUUGUAUGGGAAUUUGCCAUCUCAAAGUCAGUUAGCAGACUGGGAAUUUGCUAUUUCACAACAUUCAGCUGUACCUCAGGGUGUUUUGGAUAUUAUACAGGCGAUGCCUCAUGAUGCACAUCCAAUGGGUGUGCUAGUAAGUGCAAUGAGUUCUCUUUCCAUCUUUCAUCCUGAUGCCAAUCCAGCUCUUAGAGGGCAAGAUCUUUACAAGUCGAAACAAGUGAGGGACAAACAGAUUGCACGCAUUCUCGGAAAGGCACCAACCAUUGCAGCAGCAGCUUAUUUGAGGUUGGCCGGCAGGCCUCCAGUUCUGCCUUCUAGCAACCUUUCUUAUUCAGAAAACUUUCUCUACAUGCUAGAUUCAUUGGGCAAUAGGUCUUAUAAACCGAAUCCUCGACUGGCUAGAGUACUAGACAUACUUUUCAUACUGCAUGCAGAACAUGAAAUGAAUUGCUCCACUUCAGCUGCCCGACAUCUUGCGUCCAGUGGUGUGGAUGUAUACACUGCUCUUGCUGGGGCUGUUGGAGCGUUAUAUGGUCCUCUUCACGGUGGAGCAAAUGAGGCUGUGCUUAAGAUGCUGAGUGAGAUUGGAAGCAUUGAAAACAUUCCAGAUUUCAUUGAGGGUGUGAAGAACAGGAAGCGAAAGAUGUCAGGUUUUGGGCACCGUGUGUAUAAAAACUAUGAUCCUAGAGCAAAAGUCAUUAAGAACCUGGCAGAGGAAGUGUUUUCAAUCGUUGGCCGAGAUCCUCUUAUUGAGGUAGCUGUUGCCUUGGAAAAGGCUGCUCUAGCUGAUGAAUAUUUUGUUAAGAGGAAGCUAUAUCCAAAUGUUGAUUUCUACUCUGGGUUAAUAUAUAGGGCAAUGGGAUUCCCAACGGAGUUUUUCCCCGUCUUGUUUGCAAUUCCUCGAAUGGCUGGUUAUUUAGCCCACUGGCGAGAGUCUCUGGAUGAUCCUGAUACAAAAAUAAUGAGACCACAACAGGUUUAUACUGGGGAAUGGUUGCGACAUUAUAUGCCACUCAAAGAACGGAUGCUACCAACUGAUGCAGAUAGGCUUGGCCAAGUUUCCAUUUCAAAUGCCUCUAGGCGACGACUUGCUGGAUCUGGGGUUUAG